AGAUACAGAUGAUCCUCCAAGAAUCACUCAAAAUCCUGUCAUUAAUGGGAAUGUAGCAAUGGCUGAUGGGCAUAACAACACUGAAGAAGACAUGGAAGAUGAUACAAGUUGGCGAUCAGAAGCAACAUUUCAGUUUACAGUGGAACGCUUCAACAGAUUGAGCGAGUCAGUUCUCAGCCCUCCCUGCUUUGUACGGAAUUUGCCAUGGAAGAUCAUGGUUAUGCCACGACUCUACCCGGACAGACCACACCAAAAAAGCGUAGGAUUCUUCCUGCAAUGCAAUGCUGAAUCUGAUUCCACGUCAUGGUCUUGUCAUGCACAAGCAGUUCUCAAGAUAAUAAACUACAAGGAUGAUGAGAAGUCAUUCAGUCGUCGCAUUAGUCACUUGUUCUUUCAUAAGGAAAACGACUGGGGCUUUUCCAACUUCAUGGCCUGGAGUGAGGUUACUGAUCCUGAAAAAGGCUUUAUAGAAGAGGACAAAGUUACUUUUGAAGUCUAUGUUCAAGCAGAUGCUCCACAUGGAGUGGCGUGGGAUUCAAAGAAGCACACAGGAUAUGUUGGCUUAAAGAACCAGGGAGCAACUUGUUACAUGAACAGUUUGUUACAGACUUUAUUUUUCACAAAUCAACUACGCAAGGCUGUGUACAUGAUGCCCACAGAAGGAGACGACUCAUCCAAAAGUGUUCCUUUAGCAUUGCAAAGAGUGUUUUAUGAGCUGCAACAUAGUGACAAACCAGUCGGAACUAAAAAGUUAACAAAAUCUUUUGGGUGGGAAACUUUAGACAGCUUCAUGCAACAUGAUGUCCAGGAGUUAUGUCGAGUGCUGCUUGAUAACGUGGAAAAUAAGAUGAAAGGCACGUGUGUAGAAGGCACUAUUCCUAAAUUAUUCAGAGGGAAGAUGGUGUCUUAUAUCCAGUGCAAACACGUAGACUAUCGAUCUGAACGAAUAGAAGAUUAUUAUGACAUCCAGCUAAGUAUAAAGGGAAAGAAAAAUAUUUUUGAGUCCUUCAUUGACUACGUUGCAGUGGAACAGUUGGAUGGUGAUAACAAGUACGAUGCAGGAGAACAUGGCUUGCAGGAGGCAGAGAAAGGUGUGAAGUUCCUAACAUUGCCACCAGUAUUACACCUACAGCUCAUGAGAUUCAUGUAUGAUCCUCAGACUGACCAAAACAUCAAGAUAAAUGAUAGGUUUGAGUUUCCUGAACAGUUGCCACUAGAUGAGUUUUUGCAAAAAACAGAUCCGAAAGAUCCCGCGAAUUACAUUCUUCAUGCAGUUCUAGUACACAGUGGAGAUAACCAUGGUGGACAUUAUGUUGUUUACUUGAAUCCCAAGGGGGAUGGCAAAUGGUGUAAAUUUGACGACGAUGUUGUAUCAAGAUGUACAAAGGAAGAAGCGAUUGAACACAACUACGGCGGUCAUGACGAUGACUUGUCUGUACGGCACUGCACGAAUGCGUACAUGCUGGUUUACAUCAGGGAAUCAAAACUAAGUGAAGUUUUGCAGCCUGUCACAGACCAUGAUAUUCCUCAGCAACUUGUAGAAAGGCUACAAGAAGAGAAGAGGAUAGAAGCUCAGAAGAGGAAGGAGAGGCAGGAAGCUCACCUCUAUAUGCAAGUGCAGAUAGUGGCAGAGGAUCAGUUCUGUGGUCACCAAGGCAAUGACAUGUAUGACGAAGAAAAAGUGAAAUACACUGUUUUCAAAGUAUUAAAAAACUCCACGCUUACAGAAUUUGUUCAAAAUCUCUCCCAAACGAUGGGAUUUCCCCAGGAUCAAAUCAGAUUAUGGCCAAUGCAAGCUAGAAGUAAUGGAACAAAAAGACCUGCAAUGUUAGAUAAUGAAGCAGAUGGCAAUAAAACGAUGAUUGAGCUCAGUGACAAUGAAAACCCAUGGACAAUAUUUUUGGAAACAGUAGAUCCAGAGAUGGCUGCUACUGGAGCAACAUUACCCAAGUUUGAUAAAGAUCAUGAUGUAAUGUUGUUUCUAAAGAUGUAUGAUCCGAAGACUCGGAGUUUGAAUUAUUGUGGACAUAUCUACACACCUAUAUCCUGUAAAAUACGUGACUUGCUUCCAGUUAUGUGUGAGAGAGCAGGAUUUCCACAAGAAACUAACCUUAUCCUCUAUGAGGAAGUUAAACCCAAUUUAACAGAAAGGAUUCAAGACUAUGAUGUAUCUCUUGAUAAAGCUCUUGAUGAACUCAUGGAUGGCGACAUCAUAGUGUUUCAGAAGGAUGACUCAGAAAACGAUAACAGUGAGCUGCCAACAGCUAAAGAAUACUUCCGAGACCUCUAUCAUCGUGUGGAUGUCAUUUUCUGCGAUAAAACCAUCCCAAAUGACCCAGGCUUUGUUGUUACUUUAUCCAAUAGGAUGAAUUACUUUCAGGUUGCAAAGACAGUUGCGCAAAGACUCAAUACGGAUCCAAUGCUAUUACAGUUUUUCAAGUCCCAAGGUUAUAGGGAUGGCCCUGGUAAUCCUCUUAGACAUAAUUAUGAAGGUACUUUAAGAGAUCUUCUGCAGUUCUUCAAGCCUAGGCAACCUAAAAAACUUUACUAUCAACAGCUCAAAAUGAAAAUAACGGAUUUUGAAAACAGAAGAAGUUUUAAAUGCAUAUGGCUAAAUAGCCAGUUUAGGGAAGAGGAAAUAACAGUAUAUCCAGAUAAGCAUGGGUGUGUGCGGGACCUGCUAGAAGAAUGUAAAAAAGUUGUAGAACUCUCUGAAAAAGGUUCAGGGAAAUUAAGGCUGCUAGAAAUUGUAAGUUACAAAAUAAUCGGUGUCCAUCAGGAAGAUGAGCUGUUAGAGUGUUUGUCACCUGCAACAAGUCGAACGUUUCGAAUAGAGGAAAUUCCUCUGGACCAGGUAGAUAUAGAUAAAGAAAAUGAGAUGCUAAUCACAGUGGCACAUUUCCACAAAGAGGUUUUUGGGACAUUUGGAAUUCCGUUCUUGCUGAGGAUACACCAGGGUGAACACUUCAGAGAGGUUAUGAAGCGGAUUCAGACAAUGCUGGACAUACAAGAAAAAGAAUUUGAAAAGUUUAAAUUUGCAAUUGUAAUGAUGGGACGACACCAAUAUCUCAAUGAAGAUGAGUAUGAAGUGAACUUGAAAGAUUUUGAGCCCCAACCUGGCAACAUGUCUCAUCCAAGGCCAUGGCUAGGGCUUGACCAUUUCAAUAAAGCCCCAAAGAGAAGUCGCUACACUUACCUUGAAAAAGCUAUUAAAAUCCAUAACUGACUUACUUAACCAGAUUGUCAAAGCAAGGGACAAAAAUAAGUGUGUGUGUGCACCUUUUUAACAACUGUAGAACUUUGGUACACGUGCACUAUAUCUGAAGUCUCCAGCAAGAGGAUUUGCUGCUGAUGUUAAUUUUAUUUUGUUGAGGCUGUUCAGUUUGGCUUCUCUGUAUCUAUUGACUGCCCUUUUUGAGCAAAAUGAAGGUGUUUUUAUAAAGCUUGGAUGCCAAUGAGAGUUAUUUUAUGGUAAACGUAAUGCAAGGCAAUUGUCAGCAUAAUGAGGGAAGAGUUUAGUAGAACAGUUGACAUUGGCAAAAUAUUUGUCUGUAGUACGUUUCUAGAUGGCAUAAGCUGGCUGGCUGCCCUCCCCGGUGUGGUGUUCACCAUCACUGCAGCUAGUAAGUCUUAUGUUUAGACUCACGUCAGAUUUAUUUCCUUCAGUUAUACUUUAAAUGACAUUUUUGUGCAUUUGUAAAUGCAAAAAACUCACAUCAUCAAUAAAUAGCAAUCUCUACUU